UCCGGGAGUUGGUGAUGGACAGGGAGGCCUGGCGUGCUGUGAUUCAUGGGGUCCAGAGUCGGACACGACUGAGCGACUGAAUUGAACUGAACUGUACUGUGGCUCAGACGGUAAAGCAUCUGCCUACAAUGCGGGAGACCCAGGUUGAAUCCCUGGGUCAGGGAAGAUCUCCUGAAGAAGGAAAUGGCAACCCACUCUGGCAUUCUUGCCUGGAAAAUCCCAUGGAUGGAGGAGCUGGUGGGCUGCAGUCCACGGGGUCGCAAAGAAUCGGACACGACUGAGCAACGUCCCUCUCACUGACGCGCUGCUCCCCUUUCCUGAGGUUGGUGAGCUCCGGCUGGACGCGAACCUCGGGAGCUGUGCCUCGGGCGGUGUUCGCCUUUGCUGUUCACUCGCCGAGUCGUGUCUGACUCUGUGACCCUGUGACCCCGUGGACCGUAGCACGCCAGACUCCUCUGUCCUCCACCGUCUCCCGGAGUUUGCGGAAGCUCGUGUCCGCCGAGUCAGUGAUGCCACCCAGCCGUCUGGCCCUCGGCCGCCCGCUUCCCCUGGUGCCCCCGACCCUUCCUGGCGUCAGGGUCUUUGGCCCGUCUGCUGCUGGAUGCCUCUCUUUCUGUGAGCUGCCUGGACUCAGGGGGGCCCAGGGCCCCUUGAGGAAGUGGCAGUUCUCAUCCCGUGGCGGGGAGUUGGAGGCACCCUCUGCUCAGUUGCACCAGCUGCCUGGCAGGCCGCGUCCUCCCCACUCAGGGAGGCUCACGCUCCCCAGGAAGUCCAAAGCCAAGCCCAAUGGGAAGAAGCCCGCCGCCGCCGAGGAGAAGAAGGUGUACCUGGAGCCAGAGUAUGCCAAGUCCAGGAUCACGGACUUCGGGUUCAAGGAGCUGGUGGUGCUGCCCCGGGAGAUCGACCUCAACGAGUGGCUGGCCAGCAACACCACGACAUUCUUUCACCACGUGAACCUGCAGUACAGCACCAUCUCGGAGUUCUGCACGGGGGAGGCAUGCCAGACCAUGGCCGUGUGCAACACACAGUACUACUGGUACGACGAGCGGGGCAAGAAGGUGAAGUGCACGGCCCCCCAGUACGUGGACUUCGUCAUGAGCUCCGUGCAGAAGCUGGUGACCGACGAGGACGUGUUCCCCACGAAAUACGGCCGCGAGUUCCCCAGCUCCUUCGAGGCGCUGGUGCGGAAGAUCUGCAGGUACCUGUUCCACGUGCUGGCGCACAUCUACUCGGCGCACUUCAAGGAGACGCUGGCGCUCGAGCUCCACGGACACUUGAACACGCUCUACGUGCACUUCAUCCUCUUCGCCCGCGAGUUCAACCUGCUCGACCCCAAAGAGACGGCGGUCAUGGACGACCUGACGGAGGCGCUGUGCGGCGGGGGCGGCGGGGACGGGCCGGGCGGGGCGGCGGGCGCACAGAACCACGUCAAGGAGAGGUGAGCCCGGCGGCGCCCGCGCCGAGGGAGCGGCGGCGCGCCGCGCGCGUCCGUGUCUGUGCGCGCACGGACUCUGGGCGCCCGGACUCUCUGCCGUCGGCCCCGAGAACCUUGGACUCCGCUCGUCCGUGGCAGACACCUCCGGGGCCGCCCGUCCGCGUCUCCCUCUGGGCUCUGCCCCUCCGGGUCUUCCGCGCCCGCCCCGCCCCGGGCUCGGCCUUGACCUCCGGGGAGACACGCAGCGGGGCGGGGCCUUUCCCCUCGGCGGGGCCCGCGGGCUUCGCUUCUGCCGCCCUUUGUCUUGGCUCGGGCUGGAGUGGCUUUUAGAGACCCCGGCCCGCCUUUCUCCUCCCCCCGCGCGGUCUGGACUCUGGCCCAGGGCCGGCUGGAGGGGCGGGGAGGCCGGGUGUUCGGAUCUCCGCGAGCUGCAACGUCUCCCUCCACUGCCCUCACUGCCCAGGAGGGGAGCGGGGCUGGCCAGGCUCCGGGCUGCGGUGCCCCGGGGCGCGGCCUGUGCGGAGCCGCGGCGGGGGCAGGAGAGCCUGGCCUCCCUGGGCGGGUGUAAUAAAGAGCCUUCUCUCAGGUCA